CCACUGCAGAUCUGCCUUUUUCUCUAUGCUGCUGAAACUGAAGGACACGUACAAAAUGCAAAACAACACGUGGGGAUAACUCCUACCCUCGUUUUUCUCUCAUUCGGACACAUAGCCGAACCCACGCCACUACCCACAAAAUCUAAUGCUGCUACGGUCCUCGUUUCCAUGAAACAAAGGACUCCAUUAGCUAGUCAAAACUCUGGUCAGAUGGUGGAUACCACCAGUGCCGACUAUAUGGAAUUGGGAGAAGUUUCUUCUCCCAAACUAGAGAAGUACCAAAAGGUUUCGAUUAUACCACUUGUCUUCUUGAUCUUCUAUGAAGUAUCUGGGGGGCCCUUUGGUGUUGAAGACAGUGUCCAAGCAGCUGGUCCACUUCUAGCUCUUCUUGGGUUUUUGAUAGUUCCAUUUGUAUGGAGUGUCCCCGAGGCGCUAAUAACAGCAGAAUUAGGUACAAUGUUUCCUGAAAAUGGUGGAUAUGUCAUUUGGGUUUCAUCUGCUUUGGGUCCUUUCUGGGGUUUCCAACAAGGUUGGAUGAAAUGGUUAAGUGGAGUAAUAGACAAUGCAUUGUACCCAGUUUUAUUUCUAGACUACAUGAAAUCAGCAAUCCCAGCUUUAGAAGGAGGUUUCCCAAGAACUCUUGCAGUUUUGGUUUUGACUGUUAGCCUGACUUACUUGAACUACAGAGGUUUAACCAUCGUGGGACAAGUUGCAAUAUUACUGGGUGUGUUUUCUCUUCUUCCUUUUGUUUUCAUGGGAAUUGUGGCAAUUCCCAAACUUGAGCCUUCAAGGUGGUUUGUGGUAGAUUUUGGCAAUAUGGACUGGGGUUUGUACUUGAAUACUCUUUUUUGGAAUCUGAAUUAUUGGGAUUCAAUCAGCACUCUUGCUGGAGAGACAGAAAAUCCAAGUAAAACUCUUCCUAAAGCUCUCCUUUAUGCUGGUAUCUUGGUAGUUUUUGGAUAUUUUUUUCCUCUUUUGGUUGGUACUGGAGCAAUUCCACUUGAUCGCAGGAAGUGGACUGAUGGGUAUUUCUCAGAUAUUGCUAAAAUGCUUGGAGGUGUCUGGUUGAGAUCUUGGGUCCAAGCAGCUUCUGCUCUAUCAAACAUGGGGAUGUUUGUUGCCGAGAUGAGCAGUGACUCCUUCCAACUUCAAGGGAUGGCGGAGCGUGGUAUGCUUCCCGAUUUUUUUGGAACAAGGUCCCAUUAUGGAACCCCUAUAAUUGGCAUUCUGUUCUCUGCAUCUGGUGUUUUAUUGCUUUCAUGUUUGAGCUUUCAAGAAAUAGUAGCUGCAGAGAACUACUUGUACUGCUUUGGAAUGAUUAUGGAGUUCAUAGCAUUUGUGAAGCUGAGGAUGAAAUACCCAGCAGCAUCUCGGCCAUAUAAGAUACCUAUCGGCACAACUGGAUCAAUCUUAAUGUGUAUUCCUCCUACCCUGUUAAUUUUUGUGGUUUUAGCUUUUGCUUCUUACAAAAUCAUGGCCAUUAGCAUUCUGGCCGUGAUGAUUGGGUUUGUACUGCACCCUUGUCUCCGCUACCUUGAGAAGAAGAGAUGGGUCAGAUUCUCCAUGAAUACUGACCUCCCAGACAUCCAUUAUCUGUAAUGUAACGAGCAUUACUUGUUCUUUCUCUCUUAAAAUGAUUCCUUUUUCUUUUCCAGUAGCAUUACCAUGGAAAUGCAUCCGAUCAUGUCCUUAGAGAAACUAAAUGGCUCAGGGCUUCUCCAUAACAAAAUACCUGAGGCAGCUAAACUUAGGAAUACUGGCAUUUUCCUUCAUACGAUAUUCAGUCGCUUUUUUGAAGAUUGCACGUGAACAGGUAAUAAGGGAUAUCUAAAGAGUUCAAAACGGAGCUACUUGGUUGUUUCCCAGUUGAUUUCCUUGCGAUUCAACAGAGCUCUAGCAUUGGUGAAGUUUCUGCCUUCUGGUUUUAGAGUUUCAAGUAAUGGAUUCAGAAUGAGAUUUAGAGGAAGUCUCAACAGCCUUGCAGGUCUCAUUAUACAACAAAGUCCUACUACCAAGCGCAACUAAACAAGAAUGAACAAGGAUUAGCUGGAUUGUCUUUUUGUAUUAUUAGUGGUAUCCUUAGCGUCAUCUUACCUAAGCACAUUAUUGUCCGGCCAAGGUAACCAUGUCUGCGGAAUUAUCCUUUCUAGUUCUAGACUAGGUUAAGGUUUUGGUUUUUUCCAAGUGUAAUUUUGUUAGUAAUGAUUGUAAAAAGAGUUCACAAUUUUAUAUUUCAAAUUGGUUGGACUGCAAAAACAAAACCCUUUCAUUCAA